AUGUUUGCAUGUUUGCACGUUUCUCUUCCCUUCAAUAACGCAGAAGUCUUAGCGAUUAUGAGUGGUAGAAUUCUGUUUGGAAGUGCUGCAGCUGCGGCUGCAGGUUAUAUGAUUUACGAGUAUCAACGCCAGGAUGAAAGACAGAGGCAAAGUGUCAUUCCGGUUUCUUUUGGUGCUCCUCUACAACAAGACCAACAACAGCAACAACGACAACAACAUCAAUACCAAGACCGCCCUGAGAGUAUCAACUGGGUUGCUGAUAAGGCGGAAGUUAGUAAAAAUAGAGCCUCUGAGAUUGCAGAAAGUUUUCAGAAGGAAGCUACGGAGCAAAAGGAACAGGUCAAGAAUGAAGCUGCUACAGGUUGGGGCCGUGUGAAGAGCGGGCUGUCUGAAGAUAUUGGUAGCAUUAAGGAUGCUUUGUUUGGACGUCCUGUGCAGUCACAGCACCAAAAGGGGGAGACUGGUGUCUCCCAUUCUAUCUUCAAUUGGUCCUUUAAUGAUGCUGAACGUGCCAAGGCUAUCGCCAUUGGAGAGUUUGACAGAGCAAAGAAAGAUUUAGCUUCUGCUCAAGAGAGGUGGUCUCAAACCAAAAAAGGUGUCUUCGACAGCGGUGACGCCUAUUUGAAGCAAAACGUAGAUGCUUUGAAGAGAGCUCUUGACCAGAAGAAGCAAACUAUGGAUGAGGCUUCUGAACGAUAUGCCUCUUACGCAAAACAUAACUUCAACGAGUUGUCUGACGGGUUAGACGCUCAAGACGAAAAGAUCCGCAGAGAAGGUGGAUUUUUCAAAUGGUUGACCAGAUCACCUCCAGAACAUAAAAAAGAAGAGGAGUCGGUGGAUCCCAAGGACGAAUGGGCCACGAGUACUCUAGCUGGCUUUGGUGAAAAUGCAUACUUCUUUUCGCAAGAACAAAUCCAUGAUCAACUACGUAAUAAUGAAAUUGGCCCAUCCGAAGCCCAACGUCGUCUCGACGAAUUAAAACGUAUCAAGCAAAAGGGUUGGAUGCAAUAUGCCAAGAACCCCGAAUCCGAAGAGUCCAUUGCCAAGAACGCCUUCAAGUCCCUAGAAGGGUGGGGUGAGACUGCGGCACAGUUUGCACAAGAGGAGCUAGAAGAGGCACGCCGCAGGUUCCACAGGCGGAUCGGAUCCCGUGAUGACGCGGCAAAAGCUAUGGACGAAGCUGCGGCUCGUGUACAAGAGGCCAAGAAUCGCGUUGAUAACACCGGUUCGUCAUGGUGGCAAACUGCAAAGCAACAAACGGAUGAGGAGCAUGAAAACGCCAAGCGUGCCUUCGAUCGUGCUGUUACCGACUACGAGGAGACCAAGAAAAUCUUUGACAAUUGGCGUGACAAGCACACCGGUAAAUUCUGGUCAAGUGCUGAUGGCAGCGUGCGUGCCAUGAGACGUAAGGAGCUGCUGCCUGAGGACUCGAACCUGCAAGAGCAGCUUUUAGAGGAGUAA